AAAAGAAAGAGUAAUAAAUUGCAGGCUUCUGGAUCUCACACUGUCUUCUCAAUUCUCACCCUUUCUCUCUCAAAAAUCGCCAUGGAUGCACCUCGAAGAUCUGCUCUCUUCUCUUUCUCCCUUCUUCUUCUCCUCCAUGUCGCACAUUGCUUCUACCUUCCUGGCGUCGCUCCUCAGGAUUUCGAUAAGGGAGAUCCAUUGACAGUAAAAGUUAACAAGCUGACCUCAAUUAAGACUCAACUUCCAUACUCAUACUAUUCGCUUCCUUAUUGUACCCCUGACUCAAUUGUUGACAGUGCUGAAAAUCUUGGUGAAGUUCUUCGUGGUGAUCGAAUUGAAAAUUCUCCAUACACGUUCAAAAUGCGGGAACCACAAAUGUGUAAUGUUGUCUGCCGAAAAACUCUCGAUAACAAACAAGCCAAGGAGUUUAAAGAGAAAAUCGAUGAUGAAUAUCGGGUUAAUAUGAUCCUGGAUAACCUUCCUUUGGUUAUGCCAACCAUGAGACGAGGAGUUGACCAGGAUGCAACUACUAUUUACCAGCUUGGCUAUUAUGUUGGGCUUAAGGGGAAAUACAGUGGAUCCACAGAGGAAAAAUAUUUUAUCCAUAACCAUCUGUCAUUUAAUGUAAAGUACCACAGAGAUCUGCAAACUGAGACAUCAAGGAUAGUCGGAUUUGAGGUGAAGCCUUUCAGUGUCAAGCAUGAAUAUGAAGGAGAGUGGAGUGACAAUACUCGUUUAACAUCAUGUGACCCUCAUGCCAACCGUUUAGUUACUAGCUCUAGCAACCCACAAGAAGUUGAAGAGAAGCAAGAAAUUAUAUUUACAUAUGAUGUUUCUUUUGAGCAAAGUGAUGUCAAGUGGGCUUCCAGGUGGGAUGCCUAUCUUUUGAUGAGCGAUGACCAGAUACAUUGGUUUUCAAUUGUCAACUCAUUGAUGAUUGUGCUCUUCCUUUCGGGAAUGGUGGCAAUGAUUAUGUUACGUACACUAUACCGUGACAUCUCAAAGUACAACGAACUCGAGACCCAGGAAGAGGCCCAGGAGGAAACAGGUUGGAAACUAGUUCAUGGAGAUGUGUUUAGGCCUCCAGUUAAUUCAGACCUACUGUGUGUCUAUGCUGGAACUGGUGUUCAGUGCUUUGGGAUGAUGUUAGUUACCAUGAUGUUUGCUGUGCUUGGUUUCCUAUCACCCUCAAACCGUGGUGGUCUUAUGACUGCGAUGCUCUUUCUUUGGGUUUUCAUGGGUAUCUUUGCUGGUUAUGCCUCUGCCAGACUCUACAAAAUGUUUAAAGGAACAGAAUGGAAGCGAAUUGCUUUAAGGACAUCUUUCAUGUUCCCGGGAACCAUUGCAGUUGUUUUCUUCAUCCUAAACGCUCUCAUUUGGGGUGAGAAAUCGUCUGGAGCAGUUCCAUUCGGGACAAUGUUUGCCCUCAUCUUUUUGUGGUUCGGCAUCUCAGUCCCACUUGUUUUUGUUGGUAGUUAUGUUGGGUUCAGAAAGCAAGCAAUUGAAGAUCCUGUUAAAACCAACAAGAUCCCUAGGCAAAUCCCAGAACAAGCCUGGUAUAUGAACCCCAUCUUCUCAAUCCUCAUUGGAGGCAUUCUUCCAUUUGGGGCUGUUUUCAUUGAGCUCUUUUUUAUCCUCACCUCUAUCUGGCUCCAUCAAUUCUACUACAUUUUCGGCUUCCUCUUCAUUGUUUUCAUGAUUCUUAUCGUGACCUGCGCAGAGAUCACCAUCGUUCUUUGCUAUUUCCAGCUCUGCAGCGAGGACUAUCUCUGGUGGUGGAGAUCUUACCUGACAUCAGGUUCUUCUGCUCUCUACCUUUUCCUCUACGCUGCAUUUUACUUCUUCACCAAACUUGAAAUAACCAAACCGGUGUCUGGGAUGUUGUACUUUGGGUACAUGCUGAUUGCCUCGUACGCAUUCUUUGUGCUAACGGGCACCAUAGGGUUCUAUGCAUGCUUCUGGUUUACGAGGCUCAUCUACUCCUCUGUGAAGAUUGACUGAGCAUGAUGGACAAUUACAUAGGUUGGUGAGUAAAAUUUUCCAGCUACUUCGAGAAUUAGCCACAUUCUUCUGAGAAUAUAGCGAUUCUUGUGUACGUUAUUAGAUGGUAAUUGUUGGGAGAGAAUGUUGAUGCACAACUAUAAUAUAACUGAAAAAGGCCAAUCUGAUAGACUUAAAUGAGCAUGUAUUUUUAUUUGAUUCGUUUUUGUAAUGACGAAAUCCUCAAAUCUUUUCAUCACUGCAUGCCCUUUUAUUGUUUUGUUCCUUGAUAGAAACCAUUAUUGUACUUUAUGUGUUUAACCUGAUACUAGUUUGAUUUUAAAUAA